AUGUCUCAGCCCCUCGUCCUCAUCACCGGCGCAAACCAAGGCAUCGGCCUAGCCACCGCCCAAGCCCUCGCCUCCAAGCACAACUACCACGUCAUCAUCGGCGCGCGCAACAAGUCCGCAGGCGACAAAGUAGCCGAAUCUCUGCGCUCAGCCGGACACACAGCAUCCUCGCUCGAGCUAGACCUAAACUCCGAGUCCUCCAUCAAAACCGCCGUGGCCACCCUGGAGCGCGACUUCGGAUACCUCGACAUCCUGAUCAACAACGCGGCCGUGCUAAUCGACCAGAACAAGGACCUGACGCCCUGGGAGCUCUACACCAAGACAUUCACCCCGAAUGUCAUCGGGACUGGUGUCUUCACGCACUAUGCCUUGCCGUUGAUCCGGAAAGCAAAGGCUACGCCGCCGACGAUUAUCUUUGUGUCGAGCAGUAUGGGCAGUUUGCAGUAUUCGUUUGAUAAGAAUGUGCCGUGGUACCCGGUUGACUAUAAAGCGUAUGAUGCGAGCAAGGCGGCGGUGAAUGUGCUUAUGGCGAACUACCACCGGAUUCUGGAGAGUGAGGGGGGGAGAGUCAAUUCGGUGUGUCCUGGGCUGGUGAAGACCAAUUUGACGGGGUACAUGGAUGGUGGAUCGACGACUGAUGAGGGGGCUACGAGGAUCGUGGAGUUGGCGACUGCUGGGGAGAAGGGCGAGUCUGGGACUUUUACGGAUCGCAAUGGGACUGUGCCUUGGUGA